AUGGACACUAUUCGGAUGAUCAAGCAAUACGGUAUUAGCUCUGCUCAGCGCACGAUUCUAGCUCAUAUCUCGGCACUGUUACAGCAAAAUUGGACAGUUGAUCUUCAACAUGUUAAUCGUGAAAGGAACAAGGUGGCGGAUGCUAUGACUAAGGUUGCUCGACAACAGGAUUUGGAACUUACUUGGUUCUUGAAUCCUCCUACUGUGAUUCGGUCUCUAUUGCCAAGAGGAGAAGCGCACCUCGAGCUGUUUCCGACCCCGGAGCCAACCCCCGCGAAAGACCCAGACAAGAGGAAGAAGAAGAAGAAGAAUCAAAGCAGCAAGUUCAAGCGCAAAAAGGAAGGACCCAAAGACCCCAAUAAUGGCUACAAAAAGUGGAUUAGAAAACACCCGCUUAGAGUUCCUGGCAUGAGGCCUGGUGAAAGCUGCUAUAUAUGCAAAGCCAAUGAUCAUAUUGCCAAGCUUUGCCCUCAAAAAGCUCAAUGGGAGAAGCAUAUGAUAUGUUUGCACUGUCGUCAACGUGGACAUUGUCUGAAGAACUGCCCUGAUGUAAUGGAUAAAAAGACGUGUUACAACUGUGGAGAAACCGGACAUUCGCUUUCGAAAUGUCCUCAACCUCUUCAAGAUGGGGGGACUAAGUUUGCCCAAUGUUUUGUCUGUAAGGAAAUUGGACAUUUGAGCAAAAACUGCCCCAAAAACACUCAUGGAAUCUAUCCGAAGGGCGGUUGUUGCAAAAUAUGUGGCGGUGUAACCCAUUUGGCCAAAGAUUGUCCCGAUAAAGGCAAAAGAGCAUUUUCUGCAGCUAAUGGAGAAGACACAUGUAAGAUUUUUAACUACCAAUCUUGGGGAUUUAUCCCAAACGUUCUGCUGUUUGUUUGGAAUAAUUCAUGUAACUGUAACCUAAAUUUACCUCGAAUGAAACCCGCUGUUCUUUUACAAGUGUUGUAUCAAUUAGUGAACUUCUCUAAGUACUCAGUACCCCAAGAUAAGUUAUUGCUGUUUGAGGACAAGAUGGUUAUGCAAGUGACGAAAUUUGUCAGCGGAGACGAACUCGAGGACGACUUUGUAACACAGCAGUCAACAAACAAUGCUUCUGAUGCUAAGAUAAAUUCUGAAAAACAACAAGGGCCUGAAUAUUUGGAUUUUCCCCUUACACCAGCACUGGUUAUUGUAUUUCUAUGUUUGGUCCUGCUUGGAAUAGCAUUGGGAAUUUUGCUUUUUCCCCUCAAUUCAUUGCUUAACAUAGAGUUGAAUGAAUUCUUUCAAGAGUAG